AUGCGCACUUUGGCUUCAGCCACUCAGACGUCCUCUAGUAUCAUCCCAUCAUCCCUUGUAUCUGCAAUUGAUGUUUCUUCUUCUUCUCUGACCAUGUCAGAGAAUUUCCAAAAUCCACCUUUACUUGGAACUCCAAAUUCUCUGCAGCUCUCACUUCCUGUAGUGAGCAAUGCAGCAUCUCUAACAGGAAGUGUCUGCAAUUUCUCCAGAGUCUCUGCUCCAGCUGUCAAUUCAGCAUGGCUACUGCCAUCAGCCUCUGGCACCUCUUUUCAGCCACUCAUGGGUAGUGCCUACCUUUACCAACAUUGUAGCACAACUAUGUUGUCUGGAGUUACUGGUCAGAGCCAGAUUUCCACUUCAGCCGCUACCUAUCCAGGGAUUUUUGAAUGGGAUAUCACAAGGGGCACUGAAAAGAAGUCGUCAUCACUUGGAGACUUCACUGUAACUGUUAUUGAUCAGGAUGCAGCUGUUUCUUCCAUGUCUCUGGCAUCCCCAUAUGAUAAAACUUCGGAUGCCAACAAUAUGGUCCCUCUGUAUCCAUCCCUUUCUGCCAGUCUUGUUCAGGGGACACCAUCUCAGAUUCCAAAUCAGGGACAUAGCCUGUCACUUCCCUACCAGGAAGGAAGUCAGGUAUAUUACUAUAAUCAAGGCACACUGGGGCCUUUACUGUCUGGAGAAAUUGGCCCCUGCCUGCAACCCUGUGGCUCCACAUCAUACACAGGGAGUAGGGCCUCUGCCCCUCAACCAGAAAUGGUCAUGGUACUGAAAGAGGUUCAGCCUACAAAUGUCCUACCACCAGCCUCCGCCUCUGGAAUCUAUUACUCUGUGUCCGCUCAACCCAUCACUGAGACAAGUUUUCAAGUGAUGGAAACUUCCCUGGGGAUGGAGACGUCCCUGGGAUUGCAACCUCCAAGCCAAACAUUUUGUCUACCACAAACUCCAGAAUUGCCCAAGUCCUGCAGUAGCAGAAAUAUCCAGAUACUUGAGAGUAACCCACCACCUGAGCUUGGGGACAUUUCAAUGGUAGCUCCAGUCCAGAGUUCUAACAAUCUCUUAGCACUGCCUCCAGCUCCAAGCCAGGAACAAAAAGAGAAUAAGAAUUUGGAUAUUAAAAUUAAACUUUCAAAGCCUCUGGAUGCCUACCAGAUUCCAAGAGAAAACCACGAUCCCCCACUGCUCCCUUUAGAAAUCCCUGAUAUUCACCAGCUCCUGGCCUGCAUUGAUCCCCUUGGCCAAGAAGAGCUGCCUGGUUCUGAAAAUGCUGAUCUGGGAAAGAAUAGCCUGAGUCUUAAGGACCAAGGGACACUUGAAAAUGGGAUUGAAUCUAAUGAUGAUUUUGCAGACAUUACUACACUGGUGGAGGAUAUUCACCUUCCUCAACUCUUCAAUUCCUUGAAUGACCUUGAUCAAUCCAAAAGUCCCAAAGUGAUCAAAGUCAAAGAUAGCAGAGCCAUCGAGCUGAACCAGGUGCAGGAAAAGUCAAAUGUCAUAAAGGCUCCCUCUGAUCAAGCUAGGAAGAACAAACAUAAAGCCUCUGAGCCUAUCAGUGGUGCUCCCAAGGCCAAAAUCCAGGCUAAGAACCCACAGUGCCUGUUAGGGGGAGAUGUGGUUAUUUGCAAUGCUGCAACCAGUGACAGGGCUCCUGUGAAUAUGGCCAAGCAUUCUAACAGCAAACCUCAGAAAGUUGCAUCCAGCAGGAUUAGCAAAACUAAGAACCAUGGGCAGGAAAAGACCAAAAAGAACAGAGAAAACAACUCCAAGAAAGCCGAAGAGAGUAAGCAGUCAGGAAACAAAGCAAAAGCAGAAGAGAAGCCAACCAUUCCCAAGAUGAAGCGGAAAAAAAAUCAACCUGAACUGAGCCAAGAGACCUUCAAAAAGCCUCGAAGCUGCCUAGGGAUGCACAUGCUGGAGUCUGUGCAGGUUUUUCAUGCACUGGGGAAGAAGAGUGAUAAGAAAACUGGACUCUCUUCCUCCUGGGCCCUGGGAAAUUCAGGCAACUCCAAAGGCCCUCAGCCAUCCCCAGCUAUCAAACGAUGGCUGGAUACCCCAUGUGAGUGCAAAGGUCCUGAGAAAACUCAAGUCAAACCCCAGAAACCAGAUGGCAGUUCUGAAAAUGAAUGUUCAUCUCCAUCCCAGUAUGAGCUGCCACCUCCUGGGAAGGUCAAGUUGGUACCUUUGCCUUUUCCAACCUUGGACAAGCCUCAGGCUCGACCUGUUUCUCGCAGGCCACAGUCUCUGGCAUCGCAUCGGCCUGCUGUGGCUUACAAUGCCAGGCCUGGUUCUACUAACACAUCUCAACCUACUGCAGUCAAUUCAUCCCGGCCAGCUCCUGCAUCUUUAACAGGUCCUGCCAGACCAUCUCGGCCAGUUUUGAGCAACCCAACCCGACCAGGUUUGACGAACCCUACCCGGCCUAGUGUCUCUCAGUCUGCUGCUUCUAGGCCUGUGCCCUACAAAACAUCAUCCUGCACUUCUCUCCAGCGGGAGCCUGUUACCACUGCUGUAACCAAGGUCCAGUCUCCACCUAAGCCUCAAACCCAAUAUCUUAUCCAAGACUUCGGCUUCCAACCAAUUCCAUGGAGGAAACCGAAUGUCCCUGAGCCAGUGAUGUCAAAGCCCAUCACAAAAGAGCAAAGGCCAGAGCGGGAGGCCAUGAAAAGGAAGGCUCAACAAGAGCGUGAGAAUGCUGCCAAAUACACCUCUUUGGGGAAAGUGCAGUUUUUCAUUGAGAGGGAAAAAGAUAUGGAAAUUGCUCGAUACUACGGCUAUGCAAUAUAA